UUGAUGGUGUGUGUAAACGGCAUAGAGAUAAUCGACCAAUGACAGCUGAACUUUACUUAACAGCUGCUACUUUUCACCAAUUGCUAAACGCUUUAUAAGAAAGUAGCCAAUUGUAAUUAAGUCAAAUGUGACAUUUUUAUGCUAAGUAUCCAUUUCCUUUCUAAUGCAAUUUGUGAUUUUUGUUUUCGUCGUAGAAUAGGGGAAUGAAUACAAGAUGGCCUUUUUAAAAUUAUUUGGAAUAUUAUUAUGCCUUUCAAUUACAAUAAUUGCCUGUGAACAAUUGAAACACAAAACUAAACCCAAUGUUUUGCUUGUGCUAAUCGAUGACAUGCGACAUCUCGGAGAGGAAGAAGUAAACUUGAUUCAUUUAAAUAAUUUGGCGGGAAAAAGCAUUAAUUUCAGAAAUGCCUUUGCACAGCAAGCGUUAUGCGCGCCUAGCAGAAACUCAUUACUAACAGGGCGUAGGCCGGAUUCGUUACGCUUGUAUGACUUCUAUAGUUACUGGCGUGACUUCGUUGCAAACUAUAAAUCGUUGCCGCAAGUUUUUAAAGAGAAUGGCUACGAUACUUACGCAGUAGGUAAAGUUUUCCAUCCAGGAGAAAGUUCAAACUUCACAGAUGACUAUCCUUACAGCUGGACCGAGAGACCAUACCACCCAUCAUCAGAACGUUAUAAAAAUUACCCGGUUUGUUACGACAGACGUACUAAGAGCAUGCAAAAAAAUCUGAUUUGUCCUGUAGUAACCAAAAAUCAGCCCGAUAAAACUCUACCAGAUUUGGAAAUAUUGGAUAAUACAUUAAAAAUUCUGAACAAAAGAGAUAGUGAAAAGCCAUAUUUUCUAGCAGUUGGUCUCCACAAGCCUCAUAUUCCUUUGAAGUAUCCGAAGAAAUAUAAAGACAUGGUACCAAUACAAAAUGUUCAACCUCCAAGAUUCCCGUUCAAGCCAGAGAACUUGCCACUGGUAUCCUGGCAUCCAUGGACCGAUCUACGCAGCAGAGAUGACAUAAAGAGCCUCAAUAUUUCCUUUCCAUUAGGCACUAUGCCACAUAAAUGGACAAUUAAAAUCAGACAAAGCUAUUAUGCUGCUGCUCUGUACAUUGAUGGUCUUAUUGGAAAGUUGUUAAGUCAUAUAAAUUACUCUAAUACCAUUGUUGUAAUUACUAGCGAUCACGGUUGGUCACUAGGUGAAAACGGUCUUUGGGCUAAAUACAGCAAUUUCGACGUCGCGUUGAAGGUACCGCUUAUCUUCUAUGUACCAGGUAUGGUUCCUCAAACAAUGGAUCCACCAGUCGAGUUGAUAGACAUAUUUCCAACUCUGGUGGAACUUUCAGGAUUAGGAAUCAACAUACCUAAAUGUCGAAACACAAAUGACAGGAGUAUUCUGUGUUACGGUGGGAAAAGUUUAGUACCAUUGAUGAAAGGAAUCGAUAGUUCUGAUUAUUUCGCUAUCAGCCAGUAUCCUCGACCUAGCGUAUUCCCACAGCACGAUUCUGAUAAACCGAGGCUGAAAAACAUAAAAAUAAUGGGGUACAGUAUAAGAACGAAACAAUACAGGUACACCGAAUGGGUAAAUUUUAAUAGCACAACAUUUACAAUCGACUGGGAAUUAAUCUAUGGCGGUGAAUUGUACAAUCAUCACACAGAUCCUGAUGAAUCAAACAAUUUGUAUACAAAUAUACAUUAUGAACCCGUAAAAAAAUACUUGUCAGAGCUAUUACGAAAUAAUUACAGUACAUAAAGUGUUUAGUACUUAAUUCUUACUUCUUGGGAGUAAAUGGAACAUGGUUUCCACACUCAUGUUAUGCUAAUCAUCAAUUUUUAGUUAUUUGUGUUUCAUAGGCUAAAUGGCGAACCUUCGUUCCUUGGUCAUUUUUUUGAAAAAUAAUUAUUUUUUAAGACAUUUUGCAGUACGAAAUACGAAUGGAAAUGACAUAUUUUUCGUUCCUUG